AUGUUUUCACGACUCUCACAAAUAGCACGACACUUCACUCGCCCCCUCCCAAACUACGCCCACCACUCGGCGGCAACAGCUAGAGCUACAGCUACAGCAACAGCGGGAUUCCACCGCAGCGGCAUCAUGACAUCAUCAUUAUCGGCGGCGAGCAGCGAUGCGAACGAGAGGAACCGCAGGACCAUACACACGGCCGCGUGCCUGAUUAUCGGGGAUGAGGUGUUGGGUGGGAAGGCAUUGAAACGCAUCGAAGUUAUUGCCGACGACGAGGACGAGAUCGUGGAAGCCGUCAGGCGGAUGAGCACUACCUACGAUUUUGUAGUUACUAGCGGAGGCAUCGGUCCAACCCACGACGACAUAACCUACCAAUCCAUCGCAAAAGCCUUCUCCCUGCCCCUCAUCCUCCACGAAGAAGCCUACGCCAAGAUGAAAAAGUUAUCCAAGCCGCACCCCUCCCAGCCGGAUUUCUCCUGGGACAUCGAGUCUCCCGCUAAGAAAGCCAAGCUGCGCAUGAUCGAGCUGCCGACCGACACUUCGCGCUCCCUGACCGAUCAGGUUAUAUUUCCCCAACCCGAUCUCUGGGUCCCAGUCGCCUGCAUCAACGGCAACGUGCACAUUCUGCCCGGCGUCCCGCGCCUCUUUGAGCGCCUCCUCGACGGCAUGAAGCCCAUCCUUCUCCCACGCCUAUCGGAUCCAGAAGGAAAAGGCAUCCACCGAAUCCUGAUAUCGACACCGAUGAGCGAGAGCGCCGUAGCGGGGUACCUGACGGAGCUAGCAGGGCGCGUGGAGAGCAAGGGCGUGAAGGUCGGAAGUUAUCCACGAUGGGGGAAGAAGCGGAAUACAGUUACGCUGGUUGGGCGGGACCAAGAGUUUCUCGAGAGUUUGGUGGCGGAAGUUGAGCAGAACGUCGAGGGGAGGAGAGUGAUGAGAGAAGGGGAGGAUGACGAGGAGGUGGCCAGCAAGGAGUCGUAG